AUGGCAAAGAAAGGAAGCUCAAAGUUGAAUAUUGCUAUUAUUCAUCCCGAUCUGGGUAUAGGUGGAGCUGAAAGACUAAUUGUUGAUGCAGCUGUGGAACUCGCAUCCCAUGGGCAUAACGUUCAUGUUUUCACAGCGCAUCAUGACAAAAAUCGAUGUUUUGAGGAGACUAUUUCUGGUACCUUUCCUGUGACUGUGUACGGUGCUUUCCUACCCCGAUAUAUAUUCUAUCAUCUUCAUGCUUUGUGUGCAUAUCUACGGUGCCUUUUUGUUUCUCUGUGUAUGCUAGUCAUGUGGCCAUCAUUCGAUGUGAUACUAGCAGAUCAGGUUUCUAUUGUCAUCCCAUUGCUGAAGCUGAAGAAGUCAACAAAGGUUCUGUUUUAUUGUCAUUUUCCAGAUUUAUUGCUGGCUCAACAUACAACUAUUCUAAGGAGGAUAUAUAGAAAACCGAUAGACUUCAUAGAAGAAAUGACAACUGGAAUUGCAGAUAAGAUUCUUGUUAAUAGCAAAUUUACAGAAUCUAUGUUUGCAAAGACCUUCAAGCGUCUGGAUGCACGAGGAGUUCGGCCAGCUGUUCUUUACCCAGCUGUCAAUGUGAAUCAGUUUGAUGAACCCACCAAUUCUUACAAUUUGAAUUUUCUGUCCAUCAACCGUUUUGAGAAGAAAAAGAAUAUAGACUUGGCAAUUUUAGCCUUUUCUAUGCUUCGCACCCUUGGAGGAGAUGUGCUUCAAGACCUUAAUCUGGCUGAAGCUUCCUUGACAAUUGCAGGUGGUUUUGAUAAGCGCUUGAAGGAAAAUGUUGAGUACUUGGAGGAGCUCAGAAGUUUAGCAGAAAGGGAAGGAGUGUCUAGUCAGGUUAACUUCAUCACAUCUUGCUCGACAGCUGAAAGAAAUGCACUUCUCUCCCAAUGCCUAUGUGUUCUUUAUACGCCAAAGGAUGAACACUUUGGCAUUGUUCCUCUGGAAGCGAUGGCGGCUCACAAACCUGUUAUUGCAUGCAAUAGUGGGGGACCUGUAGAGACAGUUAAGAAUGGCGUAACAGGAUUUCUUUGUGAGGGUAACUCAAGAGAAUUCUCCUUGGCUAUGGCUAAACUCAUUCAAGACCCACAGAUGGCACAGAGAAUGGGUAUGGAAGCUCGAAAGCAUGUUACGGAGUCGUUCUCUACAAAAAUAUUUGGUCAGAAUUUGAAUCAAUACCUUGUUGAUGUUGCUCGGACAAAGAGAGACUGA